CAUACCGCGACCUCAAAAAUCCCAAGGCCCUGACCACCUUUGCCCAAAGCCGUUGGAUUAAGCUUUUUGACGAGCCCAAGUAUUCGUUAUAUAGUGAUAUCUUAUCCACGUAUGCCAAUAAGCUUUUUUGUUUACCGUUUGCGCAAACACUCGUAUUUCCGACGUGACACAUUCAUAGUUCGUUCACUUUGUUGGUUCCGCUGAGUCACCGAUUUCCAUUGUCAGAUUGCCUUGAAGAACUCCAACAUCGACUCAACCCCAUCUUGCACAAUCUAUUCUUUCACGGAACAGAAUUUCUGCUUCCGCCACCAAACAAAACAUCCCCAAACAAUGGCACCUUCAAGAUCCCAAAGGGGAUCCGUGUCGACCAUCAAAACAAGUGCCGAUGAAGAAACACCGCUCCUGACCCCCAUCGCCCCCGUACCCACAUUCUCGGAGCCCAUUGAAGCAGCACCAGACCUGAACACCAGCAUACACGACGAUGAAGACGAAAACGCGCCAUUGCCCACAGUGCAAAUCUUCCUCCUCUGCUACACGCGUGUGGUCGAGCCCAUUGCGUUCUUUAGCAUCUUCCCUUAUAUCAACACCAUGAUCGAGAGGGUUGGCGGCGUCGCGACGGUGGAUGUUGGGUUCUACUCGGGGCUCAUUGAGAGUCUUUUCUCUGUCACGCAGAUGUGCGUCAUGAUUGCUUGGGGGAAGGCUGCGGAUCGAUGGGGGAGAAAGCCAUGUCUCGUUCUCUCUUUGGUCGGUAUCUCGAUUUCUAUGGCGCUUUUUGGAAUGAGCCAGACGAUUUGGCAGAUGAUUCUCUUCCGGUGCAUCGCGGGAGUGUUUUCGGGGACUUUGGUGACGGUGCGAGCAAUGAUUACGGAGAAUAGUACUAAGAAGACACAAGCCAAAGCAUUCAGUUACUUUGCGUUUUCUGGCAACGUGGGUAUCUUUCUAGGGCCUAUGCUCGGUGCGGCUCUUGAAAGACCUGCUCUGAAAUAUCCCAUUUUUAGCAAUAUCAAGUUCUUCCAAGAAUAUCCUUAUGCUCUGCCUGGCUUUGUCACUUCUAUUAUUGGAGCCACCGCCGCUAUCCUAUCUGCUCUGUUCGUCCGAGAGACCCUCCACCUCCACCACCGAAAAGGCCACACCCCGGAACCCACAAUGUCAACGAUGGAACUCCUCAGACACCCAGGCAUAGGCCGCGUCCUCUUCAUCUACAACUACAUCCUCGCGCUCGCCUUCGCCUUCACAGCCGCCAACCCCGUCUUCCUAUACACCCCCAUCGACCUAGGCGGAAUCGGCUUCUCGCCCUCCUUCAUCGGCGGCGCCAUCGCCGUCAACGGCGUAUCCCAAGCCCUCUGGCUACUCUUCGCCUUCCCCCCGCUCCACCGCCGCACCGGCACCAUCGGCACCCUCCGCCUCUGCGCCCUCAUGUGGCCCAUCUUCUUCCUCAUCAACCCGCUCGCCAACCUCCUCCUCCGCACGCACCACCCCCUCCUCUUCUGGACGCUCUCGCCCCCCGUCGUCGUGAUCGGCUCGGGCGUCGCGAUGGCGUUUACCGCCAUGCAGCUCGCGAUCAACGACAUCGCGCCGAGCCACCACACGCUGGGCACGCUGAACGCCGUCGCGCUGGCGAUGUCGAGUGGGCUGCGGGCGGUGGUGCCGGCGCUGGGGGCGAGUUUGUACGCCGCGGGGGUUAAGGGGAGGGUGUUGGAGGGGCAGCUGUUUUGGGUGGUUAUUACGGCGUUGGCGGUGGGGCUGUGGCCGGUUUUGAAGUGGUUGCCUGAGAAGGCGUGGGGACGGAUAGGUCAUAGGGUGCAGGGUGUAGGAUGUGCAGCAAGAUACUGA